AUGAAGCACUGUCUUGCAGACCAGGUGAUUAAGAAAAGGAAGCAGCACCUCCAUCAGGAAGGAGGCUUGGAGGCUGUCUUGAAGAAAAGACACUUGGAUUUCCUGGACAUUCUCCUCUGUACCAAGACAGAGAAUGGAGACAGCUUGUCGGACAAGGAGCUGAGGGCUGAGGUAGACACGUUCAUGUUUGAGGGUCAUGAUACCACAGCCAGUGGUAUCUCCUGGCUUUUCUAUGCUCUGGCCAUGAAUCCUGAACACCAGCAGAAAUGCCGGGAGGAGAUCAGGAACCUCCUGAGAGAUGGGAUGGCUAUCAGCUGGGAGCAGCUGAACCAGAUGCCAUAUACCACCAUGUGCAUCAAGGAAUCCCUACGCCUUUAUCCUCCAGUGACAAGCAUCUCUAGGGAGCUCAGCAAGCCCCUCACUUUCCCUGAUGGCCGCUCUUUGCCUUCAGGAACUAUGGUCACUCUCCACAUACACGCUCUUCACCACAAUCCCAUCGUGUGGCCAGAACCAGAGGUAUUCAAUCCUCUCCGGUUCUCCCCAGAGAACUCGAUCUCCCGGCACACCCACUCCUUCCUUCCCUUUUCUGCUGGCACAAGGUGGGUUUUUCUGGAUGACAACCUCUCCCCCCACUUCUCUCUCCAUGCACUUGUGUGUAGGUUACUCCAUACAUGCACCUUUAGUCCUGACUUCUUGCCCGAGCCUAAACCUACAUCAAUUUCUGCUGCCUACAGCUUGCCUCCACCUGGCUUAGUUGUUGGCUCCUCAAUCACAGGCUGCUCCAUGCAGAGCCCAUUUCUUCCCCAUGGCAAUCAGGUAGUACAGUGGUAA